AAACGCGUUUGUUCCAGCUACGACAUUCGAGGCGCUCACGCAACGCUGGCAAAACACUGGCAGGAAGGCGUUUUGGGCACGCGAGUCUUUUUCAGGACAAUGACGGAGCCGGCUACACUUAGCAUCGACAGCGUCACCGAAAAAGACGCGGGUCAAUACAGGUGCCGAAUUGAUUACACCAAAUCACCCACCAGGAAUUUCAGAUCCAUUUUAUCCAUUAUAGUUCCUCCUAGAAAACCCACCAUCAUAGAUGAAAAAGGCAAAGAGGUGCCUUCAGUCGCUGGCCCUUAUGAAGAAGGAGGUGACAUGAAGCUCACGUGCAUUGUCUCCGGAGGUAAGCCGGAGCCGGCGAUAAAGUGGUGGCGCGAAGGAAAACUCAUCGAGUCCACCCAGAUGGAUAGCGGAUUCCCGUACGUCCGCUCCAACCAGCUUGUCGUCCGCAAGCUGCAUCGCAGCGAUCAGCACGCCGCGUUCACUUGCCAGGCGUCGAACAACAACAUCAGUCAACCGGUGUCCGCCACCACGUCCAUAGAAAUACAUUUUCGACCGCUAUCCGCCGAAAUUCUUAUAAACCACACUCCUUCGCAUCCUUUAUCCGCCGACCGAAAAUAUGAAAUACCUUGUCAAACUUUCGGCUCUCGGCCGCCCGCCAAAAUUACGUGGCAGCUGGAUGGAAAAGAUUUGAAAUCGCCGCAUUACAACUUUACAGAACACGACAGCAAAGAUGGAAACUCCACUACCUCAACCUUAACUUUUUUCGUCAGAAGAACCGAUCACAAGAGGACCCUUACAUGCAGGGCUACCAACCCUUUAGUGAAAGCAGGAACUGUCGAAUCCAGUGUGGAAAUAUCCGUGUAUUAUGCGCCCAUCCUGAAACUGUCGAUGGGAAGGGGCAUGAAUCCCAACGACAUCGAAGAGGGCGAUGACGUUUACUUUUACUGCAAAAUAGAUGCCCAUCCACGACCAUACAAAGUCAUUUGGAAACACAAUGGCCAAACCUUACAAAAAUCCAAAGGGGUUAUAUUAAAUUUCGAAGAUAUGGCAAUCCAGAAGUAAACAGACAUCAGGCUGGAAAUUAUUCUUGUUUUGCUUCAAAUGCUGAAUCAGAUGGAGAAAGCAAUACCAUUGAACUUAAAGUUAUGUACACGCCGAUAUGCCGCUCUGAACAGAAAAAGAUCUACGGAGUGGCAAGGAGGGAGACGGCAAAGGUCCUGUGCGAAGUGGAGUCCUACCCGCCCCCGGACACUUUCGAGUGGUCCUUCAAUAACUCAGCCGAGACCAUAAACGUGCCGGACUCCCGCUACAUGCCCGGCGAGCACAAUUUUUCAUCUUCGCUCACUUACACGCCCGUCACCGAGCUGGACUACGGAACGGUGAUGUGUUGGGCGAACAACUUGGCAGGACGUCAGCAGGACCCGUGCGUAUUUCACAUUAUCGCUGCAGGAAAGCCGGACUCGCCUUUCAACUGCACCGUGGUGAACACGACGAUAGAAUCGUUGGAGGUGGAGUGCAUGGACGGCUUCAACGGCGGGCUGCCGCAGUUUUUCCUGCUGGAAGUUUACGACUGGAAAACGGGAACGUUGCAGGCCAAUGUUUCCGCUAAAUUUCCCUUGUUUAUCGUGAGCGGGCUGGAUGCAGGGAAAGUGCUUAAAAUGGAGGUGUACGCCGCGAACAGCAAGGGAAGAAGCGAGUCCGUUUUGCUGGAAGGUUUUACCCUCAAAGCGGCGGAAAAACAAACAGCCCUACUCCUAGUGACGCUGCUAAUUCUAGCCGCCAUAAAAAUCAGGGCGGCGCGCCGAGACGGAUCCAGAGCCCUCAGGCCUGGAUUCCUGCCCGUCAAAGAAAAGGCGACGUUGCCUCUUCGGUCGGAAUCCGAAGACCUGUUCGAAAAGGACGACAAGAAUCCUGACGUCAUACCGUCAAAUAAAGACUCUGAUUACCAGCUGGGCUCGGCGGUGCAAACUCCAGGCCUAAAUAAUUCAACGACAGGGGAGGCCGAGUAUGAGCAGCCUUCGCCUCACCAGCAGCAGCAGAACGUCCCCAGCGAGGUAACCUACGCAGAGCUGGCUCUGGCUCGCCCCAGCUCGCUAGAUGCGCUCAAGAACGGAGCCGCGGUCCAAUUCGGCACGCUACGGGGAAGAAAGACGGACGACCCCACAAUAUACGCGCAGAUCGACCACAAUCGAAGACCCCCUCCGCCCCCAAUACCCGCCAAAGCUUCCCCGCCCAUGGUGUCUCCGGUGGCGAACUUGUUCCCCACCGCCAAACAGGGUCUCUACCAUCGGGAGGUUGUGACCGUACGAACUCCCCUGAUGGGGUGUACGCAGGAGAGCUGCGUCUAAGUUUC